UCCUUCUUCCUGAAUUCUCCUCCCAUCCUGAUCCUGUUGUCCAAUCCACUAGCAAAGUUUGUCCCUUCUGUCUCUAAGAUAUAUCUUGGAUCAGCCCCUGCUCCCCACUCCCCUCCAGCGUCCAAGCCCCUCUUCCCUCCUUGUACAACUGCAAAGGCUCCUGUCUGCCCUCCUGGCUCCCCGACAGUCAAUUCACACAGCUUCCAGGGGGACACUGUUAAAAAUACCAAUCAUAAAAAAAGUCAGAGCAUGUCACUCCCUGUUUAACAACUUUGCAUGGCUUCCCUUGGAGGAAGGCCCCAGUUUCUUACCCUGGCCCCUGCCUAUGCUGACCUCUCCUAGAUCAUUCUCCCCUCUGUCCAGAUGCUGCUCACACUGGCUGUCUUUCUGUUCCUUGACCUUGACAAGUUUUUCCCACCUCUGGCUUUGGUCUUGCUGUUCCCUUUGCCUGGAACCGUCUGCCCAGACCCUUCACAGGGAUGUCACCUCCCCACCCUGACACAACAGUACAGCAGCCUCACAUCCAAUUGCCUUAUCUACUGUGUCACUUAACCGUGUCUCUUUCUUCAGGACUUAAUGGCUUUCUGUAAUUAUCGUCUUUAUGCACUUGGUCUGUGGUCCGUUUCACUUACCAGAAUGCAAGCUUGAUGAAUGCAGGUGUCUUUCUUGUUCUCUGCUAGCGCAAUGCCUGGCACAAACCUAGGAGGUGCUCAACAUACUUCAUGCAGUUAAGGAAUGCAGGAGUCCCUGGGGAAUGAAUUGGCUACUCAUCCAUUCGAUCACUUCUAAGGGGGCCACUCCCUGGGAGAAGCCAGCUGCAAACCCCUGUAUUCACCUGUGUUUCACCCAAAUGCCUCAUAUAUGGACAGGCCUGUGGUUUCCAAUAUCAAUAAACUUAACAGCCAAGACUUACUGAGCAUUUACCAUGUACCAGGCAUUAUUCUGAGUGCUUUACGUGGCUUAACUAAUUUAAUUUGUACAACAAAGUAGAUGCUAAUAUCCUCAGUUUACAAGCAGAGACAUACUAGGACACACACAAGAGUGCAUCAUAAGCACUGAGUUGAUUAUCAUUGUACAACAGAUGGGUGAAUUGAGUAAAUACACAGGUGAGCCUACUUCAGGAAGGUGGAACAGAUCAGGAGGACAGAGCAUUAGGGGAGAAUCAGCAUGGGGGAUGUGAUGGGGGACACUGGGCUGGUUUGGGCAAGUGGGUAGAAGAGGAAGUGUAGGGCCACGGGGCGUGCUCCUGCUCUGGGUCCCCACAGCACUGAGGGGUGCAGCUGUGGUGCAGGGGCGAGGGCCUGGGUCCGGUAUUCUGCCACCCACCAGAGGGCAACCACUUACCCGCUUGGGGCCACAUUAGCAAAAUGCUGGGGAAGGCUUACAUAACACCUAACUGCCAGAGCCGUCACCAGGAUUAAAUUUAAAAAUGCUCAUGAAAGUGCUUCAUCAGCUGCAGAGGGCUGCUGAGCGAGGGGAGUAGGGAAAGGGUGCAGGCUGCUGGCCUGAAAAGCUGGGAUUAGAGCCAUACUUUGGCUCCUCUUGCGUCAGUCCCCUACUAUGUGCCCCUCCAGGGUGGACCAGGGCCUACCAGUUGUUUUCCAUAUGUGGCUGGCACGGAGUUUGUACUCAAUGGGUGUUUGUUGAGUGAAUACAUGUGUUUGUUGAGUGAAUGCCUGAGUGCGGGAAAGACCUGGGGAAGGGUAAGAGAGGGAAAAUAAAUACAUAAGUGAAAGAUGGAGGAAAUGAAGAAGGGACUGGAGAUGCCAUCUGCCUCUGAGCCUCAGAUUCUUCAUCUGUAAAAGACCAUGGAUGCCUUGGGCUUGAAUCAUGAGGACACUGUCCCUGAACGCCUACUAGGCCAUGGCCACUGCUCCCUCAGCAUGGCCCUGAGCUGAGCCAAAGAGAGGGGCUAGUCCGUGAGAACCUUGGACUCCUGUGCUUGGGCCCUUCCCCCCAGCAAAUCCACCAACAGUGCAACAGGCAAUUCACCUCCCCCCAGUCCCAGCCCCUAUUCAAAGAGAUGUCUGCACUCGCACCUUCUCCUUCCACCACCCCGGCUCCACGGAAGGGAAAGGGACUUCAGGACUUCAGUCUUACGCGGGCGGGUCGGGACCCCUCAUGACCCUCCCACCUCCGAAGGGUGUGUUUCUGCUGCGGGAAGCAGAAGGUCUCAUGGUUGCCUGCUACCGUGGCUUCCAGAGUGUGGUGGCUCUGCUCAGCCGCUGCCCUUUCCUCGAUGUGAACCAGCAGGAUAAAGAAGGGGACACAGCCCUCAUGCUGGCUGCCCAAGCAGGCCAUGUGCCUCUGGUGAGUCUCCUGCUCAACUACUACCCGGGCCUGGACCUGGAGCGCCGAGACCAGCGGGGGCUAACAGCACUGAUGAAGGCCGCCGUGCGGAACCGUUCGGAAUGCGUGGCUGCCCUCCUCAUGGCAGGUGCUGACCUGACAGCGGUGGAUCCUGUUCGGGGCAAGACAGCCCUGGAGUGGGCACUGCUGACUGACAGCUUCGACACCGUGCAGAGGAUCCGGAUGCUGCUGCGGCGCCCCCAAAUAGAGCAGCUGAGCCAGCAUUACCAGCCCGAGUGGCCAGCCUUGCCUGGGCUUGUGGCUCAGGCCCAGGCCCAGGCCCAGGCCACCCCAUCUCUCCUAGAGCGACUGCAGGCCACCUUGAGCCUCCCCUUUGCCCAGUUUCCUCAGGAGGGGGGUGUCCUGGACCAUCUCGUGACCAUCACGACCAGCCUGGCCAGUCCCUUCCUCACCACGGCCUGCCACACCCUGUGCCCUGACCAGCCACCUGCGCUGGGCACCCGCAGCAAGUCUGUGCCAGAGCUGCUAGGCACUGCCCCGCCCCCUACCCCAGCCCCCCAGCCCCUCCAGGUAGUCCCUGGCUCCCGGGUCCUCAUCCCCUACCAGAGCCAUGAGGGCGUGCUGAGUAUGUGCCCUCAGUGGCUACAGCCUAGGGACAGUAGCAGCCCCAGGCCCCAAGCCCCCAAGAUCCGCCUCUCCAAGGCAUCCUCAUCUCCCACACAGUACAAGCUACAGCCCAGGCCUCGAGAGAAUCAAAGGCUAGCCCUUCCUGUCUGGAGAUACCAGGAGCUCAGGAUGGAGAGGAGGAGGCAGGAGGAGGAGGCUAGGUGGGCACAGAAUUAGGGGAAGAUGGGCUAAGGCCAGGCUGGGAGCAGGUGAUCAGGUCCCUCCCUAAGGCUCCUUCACCCUCUAGAGUCCUUCUGCUUUCCCAUCCAUCUCUGUACAAAUGAUUCUACCCUAACCUCCUUAGGAGGUUAUUCAUACAGCAUUGUUUGCAAUCGUAAGAGUGAAAACAGCCUAAGCAUCCAUCAACUUAGCCAGGGGACUAGCUAAGUUGAUUAUGGGUGUGAUUACCGUACAUCCAUAUGAUGUAUUCUAUACAGUGGUAAAACAAGAUUAAGGAAGCUCUUUAUGUUCUGAUAUGAAACUAUCUUCAAGAUGUAUUUUUUUUUUUUAAAGAUUUUAUUUAUUUAUUUGAGAGAGAGAAUGAGAG